AGAAGAUUGGCCGGGGGAAAAAAAGCAACAACACGGCGUUCAUAGCUUUCGUUCGCACCCCACUCCUGAGCCAUGGACGUGAACGCCUUUUAAGACAGGCUGGGAUACAUUUUCGCCGCGGUAUCGAGAGCUCCGGCUGAAAGGCUAUGUUAUGUGUUGCUUUCUUGGUUUUUUGAGCAGACUGAGAGAGAUAACUGUACUGUAUCCCAGCCUAGCGGAUUGGAGUGAAAGUCCGCCAUAUUCUGCCUUACCACGCCCGGGAGUCGAGCCACUGGAAAAUAAACGGACAGCUUUAUUCAUGUGUCUUCCCCGCAGCCCUCAUCCACGACGAUAACUUGAACGCAAGGGAUUUUGCUGAUUGAAAAAUAACAACAUUGAAGACUUUGAAGACAGGGUGGCCGGGCACGGAUGGCAAUGCUUAACGAGAUCACACGGAGCAGUACGGAGGAUGUGUCUUAAAAGGAUCUGUUGAUCAUAUUGAGAAGGAAAAGCAGAUUACACCAAUUAAGAUUGCACAGAUAUUCAACUCAAACCGCUUUGGACACUAUUUUGAAGCUGUCGAAAGGCCCAGAGAGCGAACCGAAACGGGGGGAGGGGGGGUCAAUAAUUUCUCAAACAUCUAAUUUUCCUUUCCACCACAAUCUGUGCGCUGUUCAGGCUCAUUAUAAGGGCGUCCACGCGUUAUUUCACCACAAGUAGGCCUGUAUGAGGACGUUAUUUGGCACUCAGGCCUCUGUGUUUUGUUUUGUUUUUUACCCCGACGAAUCUGAUAUCUGGAUGAAUCAGUAAGAGGAAAAAGCGGAAAAGUGCGUGUUAAAAAAAAAAAAGAAAAAGAAAAGAAAAGGAGAGAAUGACCCUGGAAUCCAUAAUGGCGUGUUGCCUCAGCGAGGAGGCGAAAGAAGCCAGGCGGAUCAACGACGAGAUCGAAAGGCAGCUCCGCCGGGAUAAGAGGGACGCACGCCGGGAACUGAAACUGUUGCUUCUCGGCACUGGGGAGAGCGGGAAGAGCACAUUCAUCAAACAGAUGAGGAUUAUCCACGGUACCGGUUACUCUGAUGAGGACAAAAGGGGUUUCACCAAAUUGGUCUACCAGAACAUCUUCACAGCCAUGCAGGCCAUGAUCCGAGCCAUGGAGACGCUCAAGAUCCCCUACAAAUAUGAGCACAACAAGGGCAAUGCCAACGUUGUGAGAGAGGUAGACGUAGAAAAAGUCGCCAUGUUUGAGAAUCCUUACGUAGAUGCAAUCAAGAGCUUAUGGAAUGACCCGGGCAUCCAGGAGUGUUAUGAUCGAAGGAGGGAAUACCAGCUCUCAGACUCCACUAAAUAUUACCUGAACGCGUUGGACCGGAUCGCCGAACCAUCCUAUCUUCCCACCCAGCAGGACGUGUUGAGGGUUCGAGUCCCAACCACAGGCAUCAUUGAAUAUCCAUUUGACCUGCAGAGCGUCAUAUUCAGGAUGGUGGAUGUCGGUGGUCAGAGGUCGGAGAGGAGGAAGUGGAUCCACUGCUUUGAGAACGUCACAUCCAUCAUGUUCCUGGUAGCUCUCAGCGAGUACGACCAAGUCUUGGUGGAAUCAGACAAUGAGAACCGGAUGGAGGAGAGUAAAGCUCUGUUUAGGACAAUAAUCACGUACCCCUGGUUCCAAAACUCCUCAGUCAUUCUGUUCCUCAACAAGAAGGACCUGUUGGAGGAGAAGAUCAUGUACUCUCAUCUGGUUGACUACUUCCCAGAGUAUGAUGGUCCGCAGAGGGAUGCCCAAGCAGGGCGAGAGUUUAUCCUCAAGAUGUUUGUGGACCUGAAUCCAGACAGUGAUAAGAUCAUCUACUCUCACUUCACCUGUGCCACUGACACAGAGAACAUCCGUUUUGUCUUCGCGGCCGUCAAAGACACCAUCCUGCAGCUCAACCUAAAGGAGUACAACUUGGUGUAGAGCGGAGCAGGGCUGCCAACUGGAGGCCCUCAACACACACUGACUGACGCAAUCUGUGAAAAGAUAGAUCAUAUACACACACAUGAAAAAAAAAAUCUGAGAGAAAAAAAAAAAUCUAAUGGUUACAUAAUACUAAUUUAUUUGCCAUUUGUUGAUCUCUUGGUGCCCAAGGGGUGAGCAAAGUAAAUAUUCUCUUGCUAUUUAAGGAGUUGAUAAAAUAUAGGGAGGUGGGGGAGGGGUUUGCUGUUGAAUAUGUACAGCAACAAUCCUCAUUUUUAGGCUUUGCGCAUUGUGAAGUUUUUUUUUUGUUUGUUUAUUUUGUUUGGGUUUUUUUUUUUGAAAGAAAGAAAGAAACUACUUUGUGCACUGGAGGUAUGGAGGCUUGUUUUGUCUGCCAGUCUGAUACCUCAGAGCUGGAAUAAAUGCAAUGUGCUCCUUCCCUCCUGCCUUUUUAUAAACAAAAAGAAAAACGUUUUCAUUCUUUUUUUCUUUUUUUUUCCAACUCUCCCUCCUUACCCAUCGAUUCAUUCUGAAGCUUCGCUAUGGGCGUUGAGGAAAUGAUGUAACAGAUCUCUAAUUAACAGCUUCCUGUUUUCCUUCAAAGGACUGAUUGGCAAGUCUCUUAAUGAGUUGGCAUAAACUGUGAUUUUAAAUUAUUUCAUAUUGAUUUGAUAUUGAUUGACUUCAUCGUUAUUAUUAUUAUUAUUAUUACUAUUACUAUUAUUAUUAUUAAUAUUACACUGCAUUGACUUUGGUACCAUCUGAUGAUGUAGGGCAUGUGUGACCACGGAGGCACGUGGCCCCAUUUUGGAGAAAUAGCCCGAGUCAUGUGUUGAGCGACGGUCACGUGACACCUCUCUGCCAUCGACGUAACCACGAGGUUCAGCAGCUUGAGAGAAAUUGGCUUUAAAAAAAAAAUGCUUUCUAAGCUUCUAGCGACAAGUUGAGGAGGCACACACGGACCUCCGCUCUGUCAUGUCAUGAUGAAUCAUGAAGGCGACAGUCGCUUUACACAGACUGAAGGGAGCUGAGUUGGUAGUAAUUUAUGAGACAAUGUUGUUAAACGAUUAUGUUCCAAUGUGCCACAUUAAUGCUUUUAUAGUAAUAUGUAUAUUUAUUGCCAAUGCCAAAACAACUCGAGCACCAGACUCCACUUUGCGCUGCUUACUGCUUUAAUGGAAUGAAAAGUGUUGAGAGCAGGGCGAAUGAUUGCAGAAGGAGCAGACUGACUGACUUACUGAUCAACCAACUGAUUCUUGCAGUUUCUGAAGUAUUCCACAAAGUUAAAGGGUGUUCUUCCCCCCGCCUUCUCACUCACUCUGUCUCUCUCUCUCUCACUCUCUCACACACACACACACACACACACACACACACACACACACACACACACACACACACACACACACGAGAGAGAGAGCUCGGACUGACUAAAGCUACAGGUAGAUAUGCCUGCUGGUUUAAAGAGGAGGCAGCCACUCAGCGCGCUUAACUGCUCAAACUGUCAAAUCACAACCUCGCACAUGGAUACAAACCCCUCCCCCUGGGACCUGCAGACUUUCCAGUCACAUUUUAGCUGUGUCCUUAUAUUUGUCAAAUCACAGCCCGGCUGUCUUGACUGUUGUAGUUCAGUAGCAGUGGAGAAUAAAUUUGGCUAAUCUCUAUGUAAAAGGGCAGAGUGUUGAUAUUCAGUUUGUACCAAAGUAAGCCCUUCUUGUUUCUGAUUGGCACCUCUCAUUUGCAAUUCCUCAUUCCCAAGUUACUUUGAGUAUUUUUUUUGUAACAGUUCCCUAGAACAUAAGCCUGUAAUUUACAUUUAUUGAGGCAUAGUGCAAUUAUGAAUGCUAUAAUCAUUGUACAUACAUUUCUCUAUAUAUAUGGCAGCAUCUUUGUUGGCUUUGUAAUCAUUACUUUUUUGGCAGAUUGAAUGUGCGGUAUUGAAAAUAUGUAUCUAUGUAAUUGUAUUGUAUGUCUAAUGGAUAAUUCAUUUUUGGAAGAAAAAAUAUGUUAUUUA